AUGGCUACUCCCCAGGAAAAGGCGCAGAACUAUCUUGCGCAGCUCGACAAGGAGCUCUCCAAGUACCCCGCCCUUAACAACAUCGAGAAGCAGGUGGGCGUCCCCAAAGCCUACGGCGUCAUCGGCCUUGCUGCGCUCUAUUUCUUCCUCGUCAUCUUCAACAUCGGUGGCCAGCUCCUCACCAACUUUGCUGGUUUUAUUAUCCCCGGUUAUUACUCUCUUGGCGCCCUCUUCUCCCGCGGCACCACCGACGACACCCAAUGGCUUACCUACUGGGUCGUUUUCGCUUUCUUCACUGUCGCAGAGAGCUUCGUUAACAUCGUCUACUGGUUCCCCUUCUACUUCGUCUUCAAGUUUGUGUUCCUUCUGUGGCUCUCUCUACCUCCCUUCCAUGGUGCUCAGAUUGUCUUCCGCUCCUUCAUUGCGCCCACCUUCAGCCGAUACUUCGUCCAGCCCGGCGCUUCCAACCUGCGCUCCAAGGCCGAGGGAUUCAGCAAGACCGAGUAA